AUGUCCCUUGCCUUCGACCUAUCCCAGCCACCACUCCAGGUCAACCUACCGCCUGUCCGCGCACUGAACGUGCCGCGUCGCCUGACCUUUCCUGCCGCGGCCGAGCCUCUCUCGGUGUCUCGAACGCGCUAUACCUCAGCACCCUGGCAUGCGCACAAACCCCCUCUGCGUGUAGAUGUGGAUGCUGCAUCGGCGCGCCCCCGCGUGCGGCCGCUGCCCCAGAUCCCCGUGUCACCCGCCCCCAAAUCGGCCCCAGCUGGCCCGCGGCGGCAGAUGUCCCACAACUCACUGCGCCCACUGCCCAGCGUGCCCGAGCUACGCCCAACGCCACCCUGUCCGCCCGCGGCUGUCAUGUUCUCUGUCAUUCCUGCAACGCCGAUCCCUCCCCCCACCCCCAUCACAACCCCACGCCCGGACCCGGACGCGAAUUUGGGCGCGAGCACGAGCACGCUUCUAGUUCCUGCGCGCGAAAUAUCCCUUCCGCCGCGCUUCGCUUCGCUUUCUCUCCGGCUCGAUACAUCGCCAGACGCACUGCAGCCGGCGAUGCACGAGAUUCAUCAGAGCUCGAAACCCCUCCCCGUGGUUCCAGCAUCCCCUGUUUCGACCUGCUCGAUCAUCAUGGAGCCCCCUACGCCCACGACCGCGCACCGGAAACGCGUGUCGAAGCUGCGCCGGCAUCUGGGUGAAUCUAUCCAGCUGGAGUUAUUUCCUCCGGAUGCGAAGGGCGUGGUCACGCCCUGUACUACGGAUGUGUACGCGCAGACCGUCGUGGCGGUCAAGCGCCUGUUGGACAUCGAUUCGUGCGAGGACAGUGGAGACUCGAGCGACGACAACGACGACGACGACGUGGACGGCAGCGAGGUCUCGAGUCGCUUCUCGCUUGUGCUGACACACGGGGCCGUCCACCGCACUGUCCCCGUCAAACGCUUCUCUCGAAAGUGGGUCCGCGAGAAGGGGGGUGAACGUUGGAUCGAGGAGAACUACUCUAAGAUACUGAACGAUCUUCGUUCGCUAUGA